CGCAACACCCAGGGGCUCAACGGUCUGUCGCGCUGCUGCCCACAGGAUUGCUUAAGAGAGCAGACUAUGUGACCUUUUCCCCAAGAGCAUCACGGUACACAGAACACAAGGCUAAGAGGACUGCCAUUCUCAGUUCCACUGAGGUCUAUUGCAGAGGUGAUAGAAUCACAUUUUAGAAGCUACAGAGAAGUCCUUAUUAGACUGACUGAAGCCCUGGACAAGGAAUCUCUCAGGAAAGACUGUAAGGCACAGUGUGGACAUUCUCAGCCUAGGGAUGUGGAAAUUAGCCAGAGCUCACAGCAUGUCGUGGAGGUUGCUGACAGGAUACCAACUAUGCAGACUGCGUCUUUUCAGAAAGCCGCAACCAGCUCUGAAAAUCAGACCCUCUUCAGUAUGUGUCACCUACGGAACAGACUGCCAGUCAAAUAAAGAAAACAAGAGAACAGUGGAAACGCUCCGUGCGUGCUCCGUUGACAUUGGGAAAAUCUGCAGGCUGAAAGGAUGGGUGCUUCUGGAGGAGGAGACCUACGCCGAGGAGAUUGCAAACAUUCUCAAAGAACUAGGUGCCAACCAAACCGUGAUAGCCAGUAUUUUAGAACGCUGUCCGGAAGCCAUUGUCUGCAGUCCCGCUGCUGUUAACACCAAAAGGAAACUCUGGCAGAUGGUCUGCAAAACCAAGACAGAGUUAAUCCAGUUAAUAGAGCAGUUUCCAGAGUCUUUCUUUGCUGUCAAGGACCAGGAGAACCAGAAGCUAAAUGUUCAGUUCUUUCAAGAGCUGGGACUCAAGAAUGUGGUGAUUACCAGGUUUUUGACAACGGCCUCUAGCAUUUUCCAUAAUCCUGUAGAAAACAAUAAACAAAUGAUAGGGGUUCUCCUGGAGAGCUAUCUAAACUUAGGUGGCUCUGAGGCCAAUGCUAAAGUGUGGCUACUAAAAUUAUUAAGCCAAAAUCCAUUCAUUGUGUUAAGUUCUCCUACAGCUGUAGGUGAAGUACUGAAAUUUCUCCAAGGACAAGGCUUCACAGACUCCGAAGUUCUUCAGCUUCUGUCCAAACUUAAAGGGUUUCUUUUUCAGCUUCAGCCAGGAAGUAUCCAGAACAGUAUUUCCUUCACCAAAACUACUUUUGAGUGUACAGACCAUGACCUCCGGCAGUUAGUUGUGAAAUGCCCUGCCCUUCUAUAUUAUCCUGCUCCUGUUCUAGAAGAGAGAAUCCAGGCACUGCUGAAGGAAGGCAUCUCCGUAGCUCAAAUAAGAGCGUCACCAAUGGUUCUUGAAUUAACGCCACAGAUAAUUCAAUAUAGGAUAAGAAAGCUGAAUUCUUUAGGCUAUGGAAUAAAGGAUGGUCAUCUAGCAAGUCUAAAUGGAACAAAAAAGGAGUUUGAAGCUAACUUUAGCAAGAUGCAAGCCAAACAAGGAAGGCCAUUAUUUAACCCUGUGGCCUCAUUAAAGGUCGAAGAGUAACAGGGCAAAGUGACCAAUUCACAAAGACUUAAGCCAUUCAGCUUAUAAGCACUAAGGAUUCUCAGGACCUACUGAGAUUCUGAGUUGUAUCCAAGUUACCUCAAAAAUAAUGGUCUCUGAUUCAUUUGCUGUAUUUUAAAAUAUAAAUUGUAUUUAAAUAAAA